CUCACUCACUCUCAUCAGAGCAGAGUAAAGCAGAAAGCCUCCAUCAAACAUGGCCACCACCUUCUCUGCCCGCAGCAGCUUCGUCUCUGGAGGUUCCUUCGCUGGAGGAGCUGGAGGAGCCUCCCGCAUGUCCCUGUCUGCUGGAGGGGGAAGCCGCGUCAGCGCCAUGAGGUCCGGAAGCGUCUACGGAGGAGCUGGAGGCUCUGGAGUUCGCAUCUCCCAGGCUUCGCGCUCUGCGUCCCUGGGCAGCUCCGCUGGAGGCUUUGGCUUCAGCUCUGGUGGAGGCUUCGGUGCAGGUUUUGGUGGAGGUUUUGGUGGUGGUGCUGGUGCUGGUUUUGGCGCUGGAGCCGCUGGCGCAGCAGACGGCAGCAUCCUCGGCAACGAGAAGUUCACCAUGCAGAACCUCAACGACCGUCUGGCCUCCUACCUGGAGAAGGUGCGCUCCCUGGAGAAGGCCAACGCUGAGCUGGAGCUGAAGAUCCGCCAGUUCCUGGAGAGCAGAACCUCACCUGCUGCACGAGACCAGACGGCCUUCUUGGGGACCAUCUCAGAGCUGCAGGCUAAAAUCCUGGACGCCAUUCAGCUGAAGGGCACCGUCCACCUCAGCAUUGACAACGCCAGCCUGGCAGCAGACGACUUCAGGACCAAGUAUGAGAACGAGCUGGCCAUGCGCCAGUCUGUGGAGGCCGAUAUCGCUGGACUGAAGAGGGUUCUAGACGAGCUGAACAUGACCAAAAAAGACCUAACCCUGCAGAUCGAGGCCCUGAAGGAGGAGCUGGUCUUCCUGAAGAAGAACCAUGAGGAGGAGCUGGUGUCCAUGCGCACUCAGAUGAGCGGACAGAUCCACGUGGAGGUCGAUGCGGCACCACAGGAAGAUCUGACCAAAGUUCUGGAGGAAAUCCGUGAGCACUACGAGGCGGUCGCUGCCAAGAGCCAGAGGGACCUGCAGGGAUGGUUCCAGGCCAAGUCGGAGACCCUGAAGCAGGAAGUUGCCACCAGCACAGAAACGCUGCAGACCUCCAAGACAGAGGUGAACACGGUGAAGAGCUCAGUGCAGUCUCUGGAGAUCGAGCUCCAGUCUCUGUUAGCCAUGAAAGCGUCCAUGGAGAGCACGUUGGCCGAGACUCAGACGCGCUACUCCAUGCAGCUGUCAGGCUACCAAGCGCAGGUGAGCAGUCUGGAGGACCAGCUGGUGCAGCUCCGCGCUGAUCUGGAGCGCCAGGGUCAGGAGUACCAGAUGCUGCUGGACAUCAAGUCCAGACUGGAGUUGGAGAUCACAGAGUACAGGAGGCUGCUGGACGCAGAAGCCAGUGGCAGCGCCUCCAUCUCCUCCAGCACCAGCUCCACUACCAAAGCGGCCGUGAUCACGGUGGUGGAAGAGGUGGUGGACGGGAAGGUGGUCUCCUCCUCCUCCUCCACAACAACAUCUAUCACUCGCAAGUGAAGCUCCUCCGACCUGCACUUCAAAAACCAAACCCGCCAACGAGCGAGUCACAAAUAAAGCUUUCCUUCAGUGACAAUA